GUUCUUGUUUAGAAAAGAGAUUCUUUAUUUUUUAUAUCCAUAUUAUAAUAGGAAAUUUAACUUCUGAUAAUUUGUGGUGAGCGUGCAUAAUACCCUGUUUAACUAUGACCACUAACAGGGACCACUACACUUUUGAGCUUGCGGAACUGAACGCCACCAGAUCGUCGGCCUUGGCUUUUGCAGAUAUUGCUGCCAAUUUUAUUCGUAGCUACCGAGAUAACAAGUUUUACGAUGUCAUCACUUCUACUGUCAUUGCCAACCUUUUCAAGUGUCCAAAGUCCCUUAAUGAGGAGGUCCUUAAGAAUAUGGAGGGGGCCCUCAUCGAACAACAAACGAUUCUUAUUCAAAAAGAACGCGAGAGGGAAAAGCGCCCUAAGAAAUGGGUUCCAACGGUCUAUAAAUCAAAGAUCGAUGAAGACUCUGAUGAAGAAGCCGUUGAGAUUGAUCCGGAUGAAGUGGAGAGACUACGCAUCGCCGAAGAAGAAGCUCAGAAGCAGAUGGAAUUGGAGUGGCAGCGAAGCGAAGAACGUUACCAAUCAUUGCAACAACAACGGAAAGCGAACGAAGAACUUCUUGCCCAGAAAGCACGCCAGGUCGAUUCAAAGGCAUUUGAAGAUAAGCUGAAGAGUGGUGGGGCGGUGUUGCUGAAUCCAGGUACGAUGAACACAAAAAAAGGAGGCAAGCAGGGUGGAGCAGCGGCUUCACAACUCACUGAAGAGGAGAUUGGCAAACUAUACCGUGACGUCGCCGAGGUGGUAAAGGAGAAGGAUCGCUUGAAAACGGUACUUUCUUUAAGUGAUGAUGAGGUACCUGAGAAGCUUAAAGAAACUCAGCAGGACCUGGCUAAGUUGAUGGAAGAAGUCAAGAAAAAGGAACCCUUCUUAAACAUGAAAGCUAAGUCAUCCUUGAGCAAGGCGCAGAUCACGCAACUCCAGCAAAAGCUCACUAAGCAAAUGGUUGAAAAAAAUCGCAUCGCACUUCAGCUCAAAGCGAUGGAAGUUAGCGAAGAGCGUACUGAGCUCGUACGGGUAUUGGCGCAGAGGGACUCGAUCCUCGUGUCGAUAGAACUGGCGGAGGCACCUUGAAAUCUUUAAGACACACCUUUCAUGAGAAGUUUUCUUUAUCUUUCAGUAAGCAUUAUCCACCUCUCCACAUUUGGUGAUUAAGCUUUCUUUGGAAUGAUGACUUCUUUUUACUAAAGUCUACUCAAUGUGGCUUUUUUGUUGUUGUAGUUCAAUAUAGUGGAGUGUAAGUUAUUCUAAACGGUGCUCUACAUGGGUCAUGAUCUGAUUUCUAACAUAAUUUUUUACCUAAUAAUUAUUUGUCUCUGAGUGCAUAUAUUUUAUAUCUUUCCAUUCUAUUUCGAAUACAUCCCCUAAAAAAAAA